AUGCUUUUUUAUGAAUUUCUGCAGUCGAAUAUCCGGAAUCGUAUUAUAGUGGUGUUGAAGAACGGAGUGAGCAUAUCUGGCGAGCUUAGCAAUGUUGAUCCGUAUAUGAACUUGAGUCUUCAAGAGGUAAAUGCUGCUGGGGAGUGUCCUGGGCUGAGUGGAGUUCAUACGUGUUCGAUCCGGGGAUCAUCGGUCAAGUAUGUGAUGAUGAAAAAGAACGACAAACUGCUGGAAGCGUUGAAUAGCGGAAGCAGGCUUAGGAUGCUUUUUGAUAAGUGUUGCUAG